AUGUCUUGCAAUGAAAGCUUGUUCACUGGUGAUGCUAUUGCUGAAGCUUACCAGAAAUUCAGACCAACGUAUCCAAAAGGAGUUGUUGAGCGAAUCAUAAGCUAUCUUGGUGACAAGAAGCCAGGUCCUUUUAAUCUGGCCGUUGACGUCGGAUGCGGCUCCGGGCAAAGUACUGCGGUUCUCGGAGACUAUUUUGAGCAAGUCAUUGGGUGUGACGUCAGUGAAUCUCAGAUACGAGAAGCUAUUGACAAAAACCUUUCACCAAACGUAGAAUAUAGAAAUGGAAGUGAUAGAAAUAUACCUGCAGCUGAUCAUACAGUGGAUCUUGUGACGUCAGCACAGGCAGCUCAUUGGUUCGAUCAAAAUCAAUUUUAUAAAGAAGUUGAUAGAGUUUUGACGUCGAAUGGAUGCCUUGCUGUAUAUGGAUACGGAUUCGCGCAGUUGCAAAGAAAUACAAAUGGAAAGCAACUGCAAAAUAUAUAUGACGAUUUUCUUUAUAAGACAUUAGAUGGCUUCUGGGGAGAUGAAAUAAAGCAAGUUGGGCAACGCUAUACAUGUUUUACAAUGCCGUAUGCAGAAUCUGAAAGAGAUGAUACAUUUUCAAUUGAAAUUGACUACAGUGUUGCAGAGUUUGUGGGGUUUCUAAGUUCUUUAUCAAUAUACCAUAAAUAUCUAAAGGUGAACCCCGACAAACAAUGUGUACUGGUGGAAUUAGAAAAAAAUGAAUCCGGACCUGCUCAGCGAUUUUCAUCAAUAGGAAGUCAACGGCAUGGAUCACUUUGUUUACCCGAAACCAAUCGUCUCUAUGUACACACGGUAGUGCGAGCUAGCAGUACCAUCAAGGCAAAUUGUCUGGGAAUGGUGUGGCUUGAUCCUGCUUUGGUCAUUUUGAGUUUUGAUGACGGAUCUUUACUAUUGAGAAUAGCUAAAUUAUCACGUCUAGGAGUUUGA